AAUCAACAAAGCAACACGGAACAAGCUAGGGACAAAAAGUUAUGGAGUGAAGUCUAAUCGGAUCAUGGUUCGUGCGUGGCGCCGCUUGUGUUUUGUUUAGUGCAAAAUAUUCUGUGCGUGUGGCGAAGUCGUGCAAUCGCUUAGCGCUCAAAAGAAGAACACAAAAGAGCGCCGUGUGAGAAAACAACGCAAUUCCGCGAGGAGGGACAGGAAUGUUUUUCCGUUUCCAAGGACUGUCUUGCUGAUGUCACCGCGGAGGAGGGCGCCACACAAGGACAGGUGCGCUGCGUAAAGUUGCCCAGCCAGUCUGUUUGGAUCAGGCUCGGAAACAAACAGCUGAUCCGGGGAUCCGUUUGCCGAAAGUGUUUUGACUGCAAUUUAAUCAACUUGGCUGCCAAUUUCUGGAAUCUUUCGGGGGGGGGGAAAAAAAGCAUCUCGUUUGGCGCGAGGAAGACUCGGGUGCUUGCCAACUCCCUUCUGUGCUCUUAUAGAUUGGAGAUUAGAUUAUAGAUUAGCCGCAAAAAAAAAAAAAAAAAAAAGGGGGGGGGGGGGGCGUUGUCGUCGUAAGUCUCAGGAGUGCACGCUGUUGCAAAGAGGGCUGUGGGGUCGAGACGCCCCAGCACCACAGCACCGACACCUUCUGUCUCUAUGCGACACUGCAGGCGCAGCCGCUUGACUUGGCAUCCCAGUGUGCGGAGAGGUGAUGCGCGAGUAACCGUCCAGGGGGAACCGACCACCACUGAUCAUCGGAGUGGAAUAUGACACUUGACUUGCACAAUCUGCAAUGAUUCCCCGGUGCGUCACUGCGUCUUAGCACCACCAGCCGCUCUCUCCUUCAAGGACGAUCGUGUUCGGACUGCAAAAUACUCAUAAUAAAAACAGCAUCCAACAAUGUCUAAGACCCUCAAAAAGAAGAAGCACUGGUCCGCUAAAGUCCAGGAGUGCGCCGUGUCCUGGGGGGGAUCCGGCGACCUGGUCACGGCGGUGGAGCUGCGAGGCGGCGCCGAGCAGGGGGAGUUCCCCUUCCUCGGGCACAUAGUAGCCGAGGCCAUGGUCUGUCACGCCGGGAGACUCCCCGGCAACGGCGACGUGCUGCUGGAGGUCAACGGCACUCCGGUGAGCGGACUCACCCACCGGGACACUCUGGCUGUUAUCCGCCACUUCCGAGAGCCCAUCCGCCUGAAGACGGUCAAAGCAGGGAAGGUGUUGAAUGCCGAUUUGCAUCACUACCUCAGUCUUCAGUUCCAGAAGGGGUCUCUGGAUCACAAGCUUCAGCAGGUGAUCAGGGACAACUUGUACCUGCGCACUAUUCCCUGUACCACUCGGCAGCCCAGAGAGGGGGAAGUUCCUGGAGUGGAUUACAACUUCAUCAGUGUGGAAGAGUUCCAUAACCUGGAAGAAUGUGGACUGCUGCUUGAGAGUGGAACCUAUGAUGGUAAUUACUAUGGAACACCUAAACCGCCUGCCGAGCCGAGCCCUGUACAGCCGGACCUGGUGGACCAGGUCUUGUUUGAUGAGGAAUUUGACAAUGAAGUCCAACGCAAGCGCACAACCUCAGUCAGCAAAAUGGACAGGAAGGACAGUGCAGCCCCAGAAGAGGAGGAUGAAGACGAGAGGCCUCCAAUGGUCAAUGGUCAAGCUGCAGACCACAAGGACAAGGCGGCUUGGAGAAAGACUGUCCCCAGCUACAAUCAGUCAGCUGGGGCCAUGGAUCUGCGGGCAUGGAGUGCAAUGGCACAGGACGAUAGUCAGGAGCCUCUGCCAAAGAACUGGGAAAUGGCCUACACAGAGACCGGCAUGGUCUAUUUUAUAGACCAUAACAGCAAAACCACAACCUGGCUAGACCCGCGGCUCGCCAAGAAGGCCAAGGCUCCUGAGAAAUGCGAAGAAGGAGAGUUGCCCUACGGUUGGGAGAGGAUCGAGGACCCCCAGUAUGGCACCUAUUAUGUAGACCACAUCAACCAGAAAACUCAGUUUGAGAAUCCAGUGCUUGAAGCAAAGAGGAAGGUAAGCGUCGAGAUGCCCUCUGCAGUGUCCUCAACAAUGGCCACGGCCUCAGAUGAGCCUGAUCACGGAGUCCGACGCUUCACACGAGACCCGUCUCAGCUACAAGGCUCCAUCUACCAGACUGCACUUCGAAAAAGCGCCCAGGGCUUCGGCUUCACCAUUAUCGGAGGAGACCGUCCAGACGAGUUUCUUCAGGUCAAAAAUGUCCUUCCUGAUGGGCCUGCUGCACAUGACAAGAAAAUUGCAUCUGGCGACGUGAUUGUUGACAUCAAUAGGACAUGUGUGCUUGGAAAGACACAUGCUGAUGUGGUGCAGAUGUUCCAAUCCAUCCCCAUCAACCAGUAUGUGGACAUAGUCCUGUGCCGUGGUUACCCGCUACCUGAGGACUCCGGCAGUGGUGAGGACGCGUCCAAGGACAUGUGCUCUUCUCCCGCCUCUUCCACGCCUCAGGGCCACCAAAACAAGGUCCAGGAAGGAGGAACCCUCCCCAGGCAGACUGCUGCCGUACCACCAAUGAUUAACGGAGGGCGUCACCACCAACACCAUUCGCAUCAUCACCACCACCAGUCGCACCAUCACCACCCUACUCAUGCCUACAACCAGGAGGGCCCAGAUGCCACCUUGCUUCAGCCUGAGCUCAUAAGUGUGCCUUUAUUGAAAGGCCCUGGAGGUUUUGGCUUUGCCAUUGCUGACUGCCCACUGGGUCAAAAAGUUAAGAUGAUUUUAGAUGCACAGUGGUGCCAUGGUUUGCUGAAGGGUGACGUCAUCAAAGAGAUCAACAGACAGAAUGUGCAGACAUUGAGUCACUCACAGGUGGUGGACAUCCUCAAAGACUUGCCUGUAGGCAGUGAGGUCAACGUGCUGGUACUUCGUGGAGGUCAGACAUCACCUGUGAAAUCCUUAAAACCAUGCACAGCACCAACAUCUCAGUUUGCUCCCCAGCAUGUACCCCAACCUACAUUCCAGCCUGCUCCUCAACAAACUCCUCACCACAUCCACACUACUACUGUCACACAGUUGCAGCGACCGGAACUGAACAACAGCCCAGAGACUCUCGGUCAUGCAGAGGUGCCUCCUAAUCCGCUCUCCAAUGUCAUGCGCUCAUCUUCGCCCAAACCAGAUGCUUCGGAACUAUACAUCAAGUCCAAGGCUAUGUUGGAUAGCCAGCCUUCAAACACCAAGGACCUAGAUGUGUUCAUCAAGAGAAACCAAGAGUCAGGCUUCGGAUUCAGGGUCCUUGGAGGCGAGGGACCGGAGCAGCCGGUGUACAUCGGUGCCAUCGUACCGCUGGGUGCAGCUGAGAAGGACGGGCGCCUGCGUGCGGGUGAUGAGCUGCUUUGUAUAGAUGGCGUGCCAGUGAAAGGCAAAUCUCACAAACAAGUACUGGAAUUGAUGACCAAUGCCGCCCGCAAUGGUCAGGUCAUGCUAACGGUCCGCAGGAAACUGACACAUUCAGAUGGCAGCUGCUGGGAAGAGGAUGGUGGGCAGCAGCAGCCUGUGCAGGUCGGAAACUCUCCUACGACCCCCCGAGGGGAGCCUCUGAGGGCCGCCUAUCCCUCUCGACAUGAGUCCUUUGAAGUCACUCUGCAUCGUAAAGAGAACGAAGGCUUCGGCUUUGUCAUCCUCACCUCAAAGAACAAGCCCCCUCCUGGAGUAAUACCUCACAAGAUCGGACGCAUCAUUGAAGGCAGCCCUACCGACCGUAUGGGUCAGAUGAAGGUGGGCGACCGAAUCUCUGCUGUAAACGGUCAGUCCAUCAUAGAGCUGUCACACAACGACAUUGUCCAGCUCAUCAAGGAAGCCGGCACUUCAGUUACCCUCACGGUUGUACCUGAAGACGACAGCAUGCCUCUGUCCACAACAAACUCAGCCAUGCAGAGUCCGUCUGUGCAUCACAGAGCUGUUGGCCAGCAGCCUCCCAACUAUGCGGACAGGUACAGGAAUGGUGACAUGGGAACACUCAACCCACCAGGCUUCAAGCAGGUGGGGGGCUCAAAUCGCUGCGAAAAGGACUGUUUUGUGGUGGAACUGGAUCGUAGCCAGCGGGGUUUUGGCUUCAGUCUGAGGGGAGGUAAAGAGUACAACAUGGGCUUGUUUAUCCUGCGCCUGGCUGAGGACGGACCUGCACUUAAAGAUGGACGAAUACAUGUAGGCGAUCAGAUUGUAGAGAUCAACGGUGAGGCCACUCAGGGCAUCACGCACACUCGGGCCAUCGAGCUGAUCCAAGCGGGAGGCAAUAAAGUUCAUCUGUUGCUCCGGCCCGGCCAGGGUUUAGUUCCCGACCACAGUUCGAAGGACAACGUAUCCAUCCCAAGCUCAAGCUUGCCCAAACACUCUGUAACUGACAGGGAGUUAUUAUCUCCGGCCUCUCCAUCCUCUGUCACCAUCUCUACCUCAGAAGUGUCUCCAUCCUCACCCCCAGUAACCGUCCCGGAGGAGUUCUCCAGAACAGAGCUACGGUCAGUCGGCUCUCCUGGCGCUGGGAGGGAGCAUGCACGUCAAGGUAACAGAUUAAGAGGACAGCAGGUUUCCAACAAGCGUACCACCAGCCCCGGCACCCACACCAGGAAAACGAGUCGGAGUGACUUCAAGGCUACCAGUCCCAAGAGAGCCACUGAAAGCGGGGUAGAUUGUGCUGACAGCUCCCAGAGCCCCAGAAAAACAGAGCGGGGAUCCUCAGAGGAUAUGAGCAGAGAUCGAAAGCAUGAAGGGCAGAGAGACCAUCGCUCCUCCAGCCCCAAGAAGAGCUCCAAGAAGGACCAUGACUCUGUUGUGCCCUUAAAGAACCAGGAGGAGCCCCAAAGCCCGCGGCGCCCAGCGGGCCAGCAGCCCCCUGGAGAAGGGCGAAAGUACAAAGAUGAGCCUGCAGCUCAUUGGCAGGAGAGGGGCGCUACGGAAAAUGAGCGCCACAAGAGGGGCAAAAAGGCUGAACAAGAGACGGUGCCACCAAAGUCGCAUGUGCACAGGGAGCGGUCAGGAUCAGGCGGGGACACGCUGAGCCGCAGGGGUGCAAAAGAGAAGGAGAGUAGGUCCCACAGGUUGCCUGAAGAUGUGAACAAAAAGGACCCCAGGGGGUCCAGCAAUAGCAUCCAGGACCCUGGCUGCAAUGGGACCUCCACCAACAAGAAGCCUCCCAUCACACCAGGUCCAUGGAAGGUUCCCAGUCCUAGCAAGAUCCAUUCCCAGGUGGACACAACAUAGAAAGCAUACAGUCAGAAAAGAUUUUGUUUUUAUCAUGACCUAUGAUUUAGUUUCACCCAAUUUGUCUGGCUCAGUGUGGCAAGGCUGAUGUCUGUUCCGACACGCAUGCUGGAAAGAGCGUGGAACAGGCCGUCCUGCUUUUGAAUCUUUUUUUUUCUUUCUCUCCCCUCCACGUCAUUACAGACUCCGGUUUGAAGAAAACUUGCAUUUCCCCAUUCACUGUGAGACUUGGAUGAAGGAUCUGAUUUUGACACUGUGAAGGCUCAAGGCACAUUAUCGUGGUCGCGGAUUCUGUUGCUUGUGGAUGUAUUCAUGGUGUUGGAUGAGUCAUUAGGUGUUUUUUGACAACACAAUACUAUUGGUGAGCUGGCUGCUUCCAUGUACAUUGAGCUUCAGCCUCUCAUGAUCUUAUCAACGUGUUGACAGCCUUUUUGUGGAACUUUUGCCACACCUCAGCAGACCGGACACUUGUGCUUAUCUUAUUGUUCUAGUGUUUGUUUCAUCUGUGUUAAUAAUAAUGUAACUUAUUGAAAUUGUAACUGUCAGUUGACAUGCUAAGUCACUUCACUUGUCAGGUCUUAAAGUUAGAAAGAGAAUGUGGAGAUAACCACUACAGUUUAAAAUUACAAGAAAAAAAAGCCUUUGUCAAUUGGGGGGAAAAAAUCUAUACUUGCGAGAUCUGCCUAUAUUUGUUUUUAGGGUUGCCUAUGCUCACGGUUGUUAGAAAGGCACAAUGCGAAUGCUGCCGUACAAAAAACAAACAAACCAAGGGAUAAUGUGGUGUUAAAAUUACUGAUCAAUAUUUCCCUGAAGAUUUUACAACUGUAAGUACUGCAAAAUCUAUACAUUCUAUUUCUAUGAUUCUGUGAUCCAUGACGGGUCAACUUAGCAGCUCUGUGUUUUAUGUGAUGUGGCUAUUGUGUGUUUGCAAGCUUUUCCAUGUCGCUGGAGCACUGACUUAAUAAUAUACGGGAUCUGAGCAUUAUUUAUCAAAGUGUUUACGACAUACUGACACAGAUUUUAGAUGAAUGGAAUUAACAGAGCUUGAUUGUAAGAAGUGAGAGCUCUGACUUCAGCAUUCUUAAACAGUGCUUAUAUAUUUUUCAGCCAACACAACAUAUAAAUGUUUUCUUUUUUCACCUUACAUUUGUCACUAAAUUACUCCCAUUAUAAUUUCUUGAGUAAAAAAAAUGAGGCUUGUUUUCAUUAAAUUCUUGAAUUGGCACCAAUAUUAUAAUGUACAGUAUACACAAUUAUUUUUAGAGGUUUUCAUCCACUCAACAUAUAUCAAUGUAUUGUGGAAUAAUAUCGAUUCCUCACAGAAUAAGAGACAUGAUACUUUUCAGUAAGCUGUUAAUCUGUUGAGUUCCUCUGUGACUCAUCAUUGACUUUUUCUGAGAGUGAAAAAUGAGACAGUUCAUCGAAUGAAGUCAACCAGUGACCCAUGCUCUUAAAAUAACCUCACUAUUAACUUUGUUGGGGUGAAUUUAAACCUGCACUGAUGUUGCUGCUCUUGAGCACAGUCAUGUCUGGUGGCUCGCACACUUUUAUUCACAUGAGAUGCUGGUUGCCACGUGAAGCAUCAGACUGCCUGUGGAAGGAUGUACAGAAGAAACUUACUGUCUGUGGCAUCACUUACAAUUUUUUUUGUCCACUCGUUGUUAAUAUGAUUGACCCCUGUACUGUUUAUUGUGCAUUCCAUGACCAUGUAUGAGAUUGUGGCCUUGUAUCGCUCAAACACAUAUAAGAAAUAUAUAGUUUUAACAUUACAGUUGUAAAUGUUUCUAUAUUGUACAGCACCUGUAUAAAUAUUUGCCUUUGUGGAGAAAAACUAUCAUCUGUAAAUUGUUUCAUUAUUUUUUUAAGGGAACUGACAGGAAAAGAUAUACAAUUGGUGAAAUAAAUAAUCUUCCAUUCUGAUCAUGCACUGAUGAAUAAAGGUUUACUGAAAAACAGAA